UCCUGCCGUACAAAUGGAGUUGACCUACCAAACGUUGAAAACGACGUAUCAGGCCAAAGAGGCGGAAGAGAUGCGGACAGAAGCCCGUCGAAAAAAUCUUCUAAUUCUGAUUUUACAUUAUUUAACUGAAGAAGGGUACGUCGGUGCCGCCAACGCCCUGGAGCAAGAGACGAAGCUGGGCUUGCGGCGCUUUGAAGUUUGUGACAAUGUCGAUCUUGAGACUAUUUUGAUGGAAUAUGAAAGCUACUACUACGUUAAAUUCCAAAAGUAUCCGAAGAUUACCAAAAAAGCCUUAGACACCACAGAUAAUAAAACAAGAAGUGGAGGAAAGUCAAAAAGGGCAGCUAGCGGCACGUGUCGGAACCUUCCUAAAAUCAGCCAGCAUCAAACAGCGCAGAGGCCGGUAUCAAAAGCUAUGCCUGCUAGGACAGCUGACCCCAAAUAUUCCAGCAAGGAGAGCCCUAAACAGGAGAAUGAAGAUGUUUUAAGCCACGUGCCAUCUGAGUUUGGCUUAAAUGUAUCUGCAAUCCACAAAGGAGGAGGUGGAGAAGGCUGUCAUCCCAGAAGGGGCCAAAUCAUUGAUUUCCGCGGGAUGAUCCAAGAUGCUAUCAAAGGAGCAUCAAAUGAAAUUGCUUUGCACAGCCUGAACUGCAAUCCAGAUCCUUCGGAACGAUUAUUAAAACCUCUGGGCGCCUUUGUCGGGAUGACGGGUGAAAUGAGAGAACUUGCGGCCGUUGUGAGCAGGGAUAUCUACCUCCACAACCCCAACGUAAAAUGGGGCGAUAUUAUUGGACUCGACGCAGCCAAGCGGUUAGUCAAGGAAGCGGUUGUGUACCCCAUAAGGUAUCCACAGCUAUUUACGGGCAUCCUCUCUCCAUGGAAAGGACUAUUGCUCUAUGGGCCUCCAGGUACUGGGAAAACGCUGCUAGCUAAAGCUGUUGCCACCGAAUGCAAUACGACCUUCUUCAACAUCUCGGCAUCCACUAUCGUCAGCAAAUGGAGGGGUGAUUCGGAAAAGCUUGUCAAAGUAUUAUUUGAACUGGCCCGCUACCAUGCCCCCUCCACAAUCUUCCUGGAUGAGCUGGAGUCGGUCAUGAGUCAACGGGGCACUGCUCCAGGCGGUGAACACGAAGGAAGCCGGCGGAUGAAAACUGAAUUAUUGGUGCAGAUGGACGGCUUGGCCCGAUCGGAUGAUCUUGUCUUUGUUUUAGCAGCUUCCAACUUGCCCUGGGAAUUGGAUUGUGCCAUGUUGCGGCGGCUGGAAAAGAGGAUCCUGGUGGACCUCCCAAACCCAGAGGCAAGGCAGGCGAUGGUCCAGCACUGGCUUCCGUCGGUGAGCAACAGCGGAGGAGUGGAGCUGAGGACAGACUUAAACUAUACCUUGCUCAGUCAGGAGAUGGAAGGGUACUCCGGGUCCGACAUUAAGUUGGUCUGCAAAGAAGCUGCUAUGCGUCCCGUGAGAAAAAUCUUCAAUGCCCUUGAAAAUCAUCAGCCAGACAGCGGGGACUUGCCCAUAAUCCAACUGGACGUCGUCACCACGGAAGACUUCCUGGACGUGAUUGCUCACACCAAACCCUCGGCUAAGAAUUUAAGCCAAAAAUAUGCCGACUGGCAAAGAGAAUUUGAAUCCGUCUGAGCCGGACUUAGUUUCUGAAACCUUAAGCCAAGAUUUCA